AUGACGCCCGUCAACGCAGCCACCAUCCGUGCCUCCCUCCGCCAAACCACCCGGUCUUGUACUUCCCCUGCUGUCUCCGUGUCUCGACUUUCCCCAGCCCUCUUAUUCCAGAACCGCCGACGUACCAUGGCUUCCGCCGUCCCCGCCAAGAUCAAGGUCAAGAACCCCGUCGUCGAGCUCGAUGGCGACGAGAUGACCCGCGUCAUCUGGAAGGACAUCAAGGAAAAGUUCAUCUUCCCCUACCUGGAUGUUGACCUCAAGUACUACGACUUGGGUCUCGAGUACCGUGACGAGACCAACGACCAGGUCACGAUCGAUGCUGCUGAGGCCAUCAAAAAGUAUUCUGUUGGUGUCAAGUGCGCUACCAUCACCCCUGACGAGGCACGCGUUAAGGAGUUCAACCUGAAGCAAAUGUGGCUCUCGCCUAAUGGAACUAUCCGUAACGCUCUGGGCGGCACUGUAUUCCGCGAGCCUAUUGUCAUCCCGCGGAUCCCCCGUCUGGUUCCUGGGUGGAAGAAGCCCAUCAUCAUCGGCCGCCAUGCCUUUGGCGACCAGUACCGCGCCAAGGACUUGGUGAUCCUGGGGCCAGGCAAGCUGAGCAUGGUCUACACCCCAGAGGGUGGCAAGCCCCAGGAAAUCAAAGUGUUCCAGUUCAAGAAUGGCGGUGGCGUUGCCCAGACGCAGUAUAACACCGAUGAUAGCAUCACCGGAUUCGCCCACGCGAGUUUUAAGCUGGCCCUGGACAAAGAACUGCCCCUUUAUAUGAGCACCAAGAACACCAUUCUAAAGAAAUACGACGGCCGCUUCAAGGACAUCUUCCAGGAGAUAUUUGACGCCGAAUACAAGGCCCAGUUUGAGGCCAAGAAGAUCUGGUAUGAACACCGCCUCAUCGACGAUAUGGUUGCCCAGAUGAUCAAGAGCUCCGGCGGCUACAUUAUGGCCCUAAAGAACUAUGAUGGCGAUGUACAGUCCGACAUUGUCGCCCAAGGCUUUGGGUCACUAGGACUGAUGACGUCGGUUCUCAUCACUCCCGACGGCAAGACGUUCGAAUCCGAGGCUGCCCACGGCACCGUCACUCGUCACUACCGGGAGCACCAGAAAGGCCGCGAGACGUCAACAAACCCCAUUGCUUCCAUUUUUGCAUGGACCCGCGGCUUGAUCCAGCGUGGUAAGCUGGACGAGACACCUGACGUAGUUGCCUUCGCCGAGAGCCUUGAAAAGGCGUGCAUCGACGCCGUCGAAAUUGACGGCAUCAUGACCAAGGACCUGGCGCUGGCUUGCGGCAAGACCUCUCGCGAGGAUUAUGUCACCACAACUGAGUAUCUCAAUGCAGUUGAGAGACGGAUGAAGCAGACCCUCAAGGAAAAGCUGUAG